UUCCCCAAAUGUUAAACAAGGAUAAAAUGAUACAUCAUGCGCAUCAUGCGUGAAACGGAACGUAGCCCAUGACGCACGCUGCGCGCGCAUUGUGAAUGCCGAAUAAAGGAACAAGCAGGAUCAAGCGUGGCCGAACGCAUUCGGCUCAAUUCGUCUGAUUCAUCACAUGCUGUAAGUUUUUUGUCAUUUUUGUAACAUUUGCAUAAAAAAACGACAGUAAGGACGGUAUACACUUGACAAGUGUGUGCUUGAGAAGCUUGUAAACUAAAUCCAAUAUCUCAAGUCUCAAAUCCGUCGUUGAUUAGUAGCGUCUAACUGCGACUAACAGGAUCAAUCAGGAUGGCCGACGUAAAUAGAGUGUUUGGCUUCGAGCUCUUUCAAAAGCUCUAUCACGAUGAAAUUCAGAAAAAGGAAGAUGUGAUAAUUUUAUUAGUGCAUUGGUAUUUAGUAAAGUCUGGAUUUCGAUGCAUCGGCAUCGGAAAUGAGACAGUGUCGGAUCCAUUGGAAAAAGGUUCUGAAUUACUUCCAAUGGAAUGGAAUUUACGUCCUAAUUAUGCAUUACGUUAUGUAAUGGAUAAAAAAAUACAUGUACUUCUCGGAGUCAAAUCAGAUAUGGAUCUACUAUUGAACUUUAUGAGGACUCACAAUAAUUCUGUUUGUAACAUUCAAUUACCUAUUGAGGAAACUGUAUCUGUAUUACAUGGACCUUUAGAGAUUGUAAUACCAUCUUAUCAAACAAUUUUACAUAGUAUACAAAAAGAAUUUGUAAAACCAACAUGCUUUAAUGAAGCAGAGACUCAAACAAGUUUAAGCCCCAUAAAUGCUUUAGCUAUCACUACUGAAAGAGAUGAUAAUCACCAAUCAUUGAGGACUAGUCGUCGGCCAACUGUCAAUCGACCCGAAUAUGAUCCUGCCAGAGUAGGCGUUAGAGAUCUGGAUCCAUUUAGAGAAGGUGGUGGUAUGAUAUACGAUCCAUUUGACAGAAGGUUUCCAACUGAAUAUCCACCGGGUGGCUUAGGAGUACCUGGAGUAUUACCGGCAGGUGCGAUACCACCUGGUGCAAGAUUCGAUCCGUUUGGUCCACCUGAGCUGGAUCUACACCGUCGUGGACCACUCCGUAGACCUGACCAUGAUCAUUUACCUCCUCCAGGAUAUGAUGACAUGUUUCAGUGACGUGUGAAACAAAAUUAAACAUUACAAAAAUAAAAGUAAAGAGUUCACAGGUUCACAGUUUCUAUGUAUACGAAAUGUCAGUACGAUCUUAUGUUCCUUCUGCUAAUGUAUGUGUAUAUCUUCUACAAUAUAUAUAUAUAUAUAUAUAUAUAUAUAUAUAUAUAUAUAUAUAUAUAUAUAUAUAUUGUAAAGAUUGUGUAAACUAUCGUAUGUGAAUGAUACAUAUACUUGUCGUACUUGCCUGGAGAAGGAAAUAAAGUUGGAAAAUCUAUAUUUAUAUAUAAAGUAUACAUCAGGGUAUAAGAAUUAUUAUAAAACGUUUCUUUCUUCACAAAACAACUUCCAUUCCUUUUUAUUUCAUUAUUAAUGUUUACAGUGUAACAAAACGAUUUCUUGUUUAAUUUAACUAAGAGUAAUUGUGUAAUAAUAGAUAGGAAAUUAUAUUGAGAAAAUAAACGGUGAACUUUGUUUAAA